GGUUCUUCAACAACUGCAGCCUCCUCGGUAGCUCGUUAGCCAACAAAGUCGGAACAUUCAAGUUCUUUAAGACAAUUUUGUGGUUUAAUUUGCAACUAUGUUUUAAACACACUUCUGUGGAAAGAACUAGUUAUCCCAUUUCAUUUCGUAUUGACGUUGUUGCUGUUAGUCAGCUGACUGGUUAAGCUAGCACUAGCAGAGUCGCUAAUGCUACCUAGCUAAGCUAACAUCGCCGAACAUGAGUUUACUAAGAUACACUGAGAAUUGCUUGACGGAGAAAGGAAAGCUCAUGGAAGAGGAGACUGUUACCGUCAAGAAGGAAGUAGAAGGUGAGGCUGUUACAGUGAAAGAAGAAGAGGAAGAGGCUUUCAGCGUGAAAGAAGAGGAUGUUACUGUGAAGGAAGAGGAAGAUGCAGUUUUUGUAAUGGAGGAGGGGGAGAUGACUGUCACAGUGAAAGAAGAGGAAGACGUUAUUGGAGUGAAGGAGGAAGAGGAGGGGGAGAUUACUGUCACAUUGGAGGAGGAUGAAGAAGAACAGAAGACUGGAGAACUGAUUAACACCAGAAAAUACAGAAAGAGACCAGCCUCUCACUCUGACAGCAGGAAGAGUCCUUCAGGGGAACCAGACCCAGAGCCUCCCAAACCUGCGAGACAACACCACUGCAUCCAAUGUAAUAUGAGUUUUAAGUGGUCAUGGAAGCUGAAAGAGCAUAAAAGGACACACGUAGGAGAAAAGCCCUUCCAAUGCUCCCAGUGUGGAAAGAGUUUUACUUUGUUAGGGAGCCUGAAAAAACAUAAGAGAAUACACACAGGAGAAAAGCCUUAUCACUGCUCCCAGUGUGGAAAUAGUUUUAUGUGGUUAGGGAGCCUGAACAAACACAAGCGAAUACACUCUGGAGAGAAGCCUUAUCCCUGUUCCCAUUGUGGAAAGAAUUUUAGGUUGUUAGAUACUCUGAAGGAGCACGAGAGGACACACUCAGGGGAGAAACCUUACCAUUGCUCUCAGUGUGGAAUUAGUUUUACCCAGUUAGGGAACCUAAACAAACACAAGAAAAUACACUCAGGAGAGAAACCGUACCCCUGUACCCAUUGUGGAAAGAAUUUUAGGUUGUUAGAUAAUCUGAAAGAGCAUGAGAGGACACACACGGGGGAGAAGCCUUACCAAUGCUCCCAGUGUGGAAAGGAUUUUACCCAGUUAGGGAACCUAAAAAAGCAUGAGAUAAUACACUCUAGAGAUAAGCCGUACCACUGCUCCCAUUGUGAAAAGAGAUUUACCCAGUUAGGGAGCCUGAACAAACAUAAGAAAAUACACUCUGGAGAGAAACCAUACCCCUGUUCCCAUUGUGGAAAGCAUUUUAGGUUGUUAGAUAAUCUGAAAGAGCACGAGAGGACACACACCGGGGAGAAACCAUACCAUUGCGCCCAAUGUGGAAAGGAUUUUACCAAGUUAGGGAACCUAAAAGAGCACGAGAGAAUACACUCUGGAGAGACACCUUACCACUGCUCCCAUUGUGGAAAGAGUUUUAUCCAGUUAGGGAACCUGAACAAACAUAAGAGAAUACACUCUGCAGAGAAGCCUUACCCCUGUUCCCAUUGUGGAAAGAGUUUUACCCAGUUAGGGAACUUAAACAAACAUAAAAUAAUACACUCUGCAGAGAAGCCUUAACAUUGUUCCAAGUUAGGGAACCUAAAAAAGGCAUGAGAACAUAAACACACAGUUUGGAAAGAGUUUUAGUUAGGGACCCUAAUUGUGGAAAGACAUUUUCCCAGACAGAAAACCUGAAAUCACAUGAGAGAAUAGACAGGCUGUGUUCUGACUUAUGUUUCUGAGUGUGUUUUUUUUGACACCACAUUAAAUCAUUUUGUUUAUAUCAAAUCCCCCCCCCCCCCAAAAAAAAAUAGGCCUACUUUAGUUUUAUCCUCUUGAGACCUGAUUACAAUAACAAUAAAGUUACAUUUUAAAAUGUGUAUUUUAUUUUGAUUAUGGAUUUGGAUUGAUUUGAAAUAUAAACACUUAGAUGUUAAUGAUUUGGAAAGUUGUGAAAUGUAAUUAUUAAAUGGAUGAAUAUAAAUGGGUUCAUAAGCAACCAUUUUAAAUUUUAAAACAGGUUCUCUGGCAGAAAAUGCGUAUCAGCUAAUUACAAUCAGGGAUUUACUUGCAGGCUAAAUUGAAGCGAUUCUCAUCAGAUAACAUGGCACACGUUAACCCUAUCCCUAACCCUAAAAAAGGUCACCGAAGUUGACUAUCGAGCCACAAAUUCCCACCAUUAACCAUUUAUAAAUAUGGAGAUACAAGUUUAAAAUGUUCAUUUAAAAAUAAACCCUAUGCUUGGCACACUUCAUAAAUGUUCCCAUCAGUAUUAUAAAAAAAAAAGUCCUUGUUACUUCAUGAAUGUUCUCAAUAGUAUUAUUAAAACAUUUCCUCGGUACUUCAUGAAUGUUCCCAUCAGUAUUAUUAAAACAUUUCCUUGCUACUUCAUGAAUGUUCCAUCGGUAUUAUUAAAACAUUUCCUUGCUACUUCAUGAGUGUUCCCAUCAGUAUUAUUAAAACAUUUCCUUGCUACUUCAUGAAUGUUCCCAUCGGUAUUAUUAAAACAUUUCCUUGCUACUUCAUGAAUGUUCCCAUCGGUAUUAUUAAAACAUUUCCUUGCUACUUCAUGAAUGUUCCCAUCAGUAUUAUUAAAACAUUUACUAGCUACUUCAUGAAUGUUCCCAUCAGUAUUAUUAAAACAUUUCCUUGCUACUUCAUGAAUGUUCCCAUCAGUAUUAUUAAAACAUUUCCUUGCUACUUCAUGAGUGUUCCCAUCAGUAUUAUUAAAACAUUUCCUUGCUACUUCAUGAAUGUUCCCAUCUGUAUUAUUAAAACAUUUCCUUGCUACUUCAUGAAUGUUCCCAUCGGUAUUAUUAAAACAUUUCCUUGCUACUUCAUGAAUGUUCCCAUCAGUAUUAUUAAAACAUUUACUAGCUACUUCAUGAAUGUUCCCAUCAGUAUUAUUAAAACAUUUCCUUGCUACGUCAUGAAUGUUCCCAUCAGUAUUAUUAAAACAUUUCCUUGCUACUUCAUGAAUGUUCCCAUCGGUAUUAUUAAAACAUUUCCUAGCUAAUUCAUGAAUGUUCCCAUCGGUAUUAUUAAAACAUUUCCUAGCUAAUUCAUGAAUGUUCCCAUCGGUAUUAUUAAAACAUUUCCUAGCUAAUUCAUGAAUGUUCCCAUCGGUAUUAUUAAAACAUUUCCUAGCUAAUUCAUGAAUGUUCCCAUCGGUAUUAUUAAAACAUUUCCUAGCUAAUUCAUGAAUGUUCCCAUCGGUAUUAUUAAAACAUUUCCUAGCUAAUUCAUGAAUGUUCCCAUCAGUAUUAUUAAAACAAUUACUAGCUACUUCAUGAAUGUUCCCAUCAGUGUUAUUAAAACAUUUCCUCGGUACUUCAUGAAUGUUCCCAUCAGUGUUAUUCCGCCAAGUCGGAAAAAACACAGAUGUUGAAUGUAAAAAUAAUUUGAUUAAUGCAACAUUUUGUAUCUGAAUAAAGAUUUAGUGAAUAUUUUUGAACUAUGUUAGCCACUAGUGGACAUUCAUUAUCUACAUCUAUGUACUUAUAGAAAUGUGUUAUUCUGAAUGUAGGGCUGGAUGGUAGAUAACACAACGUAUCAGUCAGAACACAAGGAGAGGUCUGAGUGGGUGAGUGGAUGUCAGGACAGGUCUGAGUGGGUGAAUGGAUGUCAGGACAGGUCUGAGUGGGUGAAUGGAUGUCAGGACAGGUCUGAGUGGGUGAAUGGAUGUCAGGACAGGU